CACUAAAAAUACAAAACCAUACAGAAACUUACAUUUACGUCUCUCUACACUAAAUUAAAAUCUUUGUAGCUAAAUACUGGGGGACUGUGUAAGUACUACUGAGCAGCUAUGCAUGCUCUCUGUCCUUCUUCCCUUUUUUUCUCUUGAUACACGCUUUCCAACACAACAUUUUCUCUCACUUUCUAUUUCACUUUCUCGGCAAUCAAUCACAUUCAUAAUUUUGUUUCCAAUUUUUUAAUUUUUUCAAAGAAAAUGAAGGCGAGCCAGAAAGAUUCAGAGAAAAUAAUCUGGGAUCAGGUGAGAACUCCAUCUGGUUCGUCACAACCUAAAUUCUUGCCUAAACUUUUAAUUUGGUUAAUUCUAUUUGUUUCACUCACGUACGCCAUUUACACUCUGAAGCUCGUAGCCGAUUCCCGUACUUGUAAUCACGAGCCCUUCUCUAAUCACCACCGUUCUUUACUCCGUAAUUUUUCUUCCAUAUCUCAAAAUAAAACAAAUUUACCCAUUCAACGGUUAGAUAAUCAAUUAGAGCGGAGUCAAGAAACCCGUUUAAAUACGGAUAUCAGCCAUGUGGUUUUCGGUAUCGCCGCAUCGGCGAAGCUAUGGGAGAAAAGAAAAAACUACAUCAAGAUUUGGUAUAAACCUCAAGAAAUGCGAGGGGUGGUUUGGUUAGAUAAGCCCGUCAAAACCAGAACCAGAACCGAUUUGCCUCCGAUUAGAAUAUCAGCCGACACGUCUCGGUUCGCUUACACGAACCGGCAGGGUCACCGGUCGGCGAUUCGGAUCUCGCGGAUAGUAUCGGAAACGCUCCGCCUCGGGAUGGAGAAUGUGAGGUGGUUUGUUAUGGGAGAUGAUGACACGGUUUUUAUAACGGAGAAUCUUGUGAGAGUGUUGAGAAAAUACGAUCAUACUCAGUAUUAUUAUAUCGGGAGUUCGUCGGAAUCUCAUUUGCAGAAUAUUUAUUUCUCGUACGGUAUGGCUUACGGUGGCGGUGGGUUUGCUAUUAGUUACCCGUUAGCUAAAGCGCUUGAUAAAAUGCAAGAUAGGUGUAUUCAGAGAUAUCCUGGGUUGUAUGGAUCUGAUGAUAGAAUGCAAGCUUGUAUGGCGGAACUCGGUGUCCCACUCACUAAAGAAACCGGGUUUCACCAGUAUGAUGUGUAUGGAAACCUAUUUGGAUUACUCGCGGCGCACCCUGUUACGCCCUUGGUUUCUCUGCAUCAUCUAGAUGUGGUUGAGCCCAUCUUCCCUAAUGUGACUCGAGUUGAAGCAGUUGAGCGGCUGAUGGCGCCUAUGAGGCUGGACUCAGCUGGACUGAUGCAACAAUCCAUCUGCUAUGAUAAAUCUAAGACCUGGACGAUUUCCGUCUCUUGGGGUUUCGCGGUUCAAAUAUUCCGCGGAGUAUUUUCUCCCCGUGAGAUAGAAAUGCCUUCGAGAACAUUUUUAAAUUGGUAUAGAAGAGCUGAUUACACUGCAUACGCAUUCAACACUCGUCCGGUUAGUCGAAACCCUUGCCAAAAACCAUUUGUAUUCUACAUGUCAAAGGCGAGAUUUGAUUCAUCUCUGAAUUUAACGGUGAGUGAAUACACCCGUCAUCGUGUUCCCCACCCGACAUGUAAAUGGAAGAUGGCCGAUCCUACUAAUCUUGACACGAUUCUCGUUUAUAAGAAGUCUGACCCUCAUCUAUGGGACAGAUCCCCUAGAAGAAAUUGUUGCAGGGUGAUGGAGUCAAAGAAGAAAGGGAGUUUUAGGGUUGAUGUGGGUUUAUGUAGUGAAGGUAAGAUCAGUGAAAUAUAGUGAUAAUUUUAUAAUAAUCUCUCAAAUUUUUAAUUUAUUUUCUCAUGUUGCCAAUUUUGCGAAGUAGAGUCUGACAUGAAGAUUCAUUAGGGAAAACAAAUAUUUUUAAUGUAUAAAAAGGUGUAGUUUGUAAAACAUGUUGGGCACUUGUAAUUUAGGUAAUGUAGUUAGUUAAUUCUUAA